AUGUCUCUGUCAGAGCCAACCAAAGCCAUCGUUUACAAGCCUCCUGUCAGACCGGAAGUCGACAGACCAUCCGUCAUUCUAUACGGGGCGAUUCAGUCCAACCCUACCCAAGACUGGCAGACCAGCCUUGCAGCCUCGCUCUCCGACCUUCCCAUCGCCAUUCUGAAUCCUCGCCGCGAUGACUGGGACAGCAGUUGGGUCGAGGAUAUUGCAUUUCCCAAGUUCAAAGAGCAGGUAGAGUGGGAAAUGGACUAUGCGCAGGUAGCUGAUGUCAUUGUCUUUUACUUUGCGCCAGGCACGUUGACGCCAAUCACGCUCUUGGAGUUGGGUAUGUAUGCAGGGACGGGGAAGGCUAUUGUUUGCUGCCCUGAAGGAUUCUACAAGAGAGGAAAUGUUCAAAUAGUCUGUUCGAGGUAUGGCAUCGACUUGCUCGGGACGCUGGACGAGUUGAAAGAGAAAGUGAGGGCAAGGCUGACGACGAAGCUUGGGCAAGCUGAAUGA